UUGCUCUUCUCCGUUAUAUCCUGGUUGUUCUGCUGUUCGUUAUCGUUAUGAUUUAGUCACUUCUGUGUUAAUUGAUAUAUUCCGAUAUUUUUGUAUUUGUGUAGCCCUCUGAAAGGAAAUAGUAAGGUAUAUGUUGAUAUCAAGCCCGUUUUAUCACCGGCUGCACUUGAGGACGACAUAGGCGGUGGACAGGCGAACUGUCGUAGGAGCCGACCAGUCGAUUUGUGAGCGGAGGCGCGAGAACCGAAGACAGUGAGAGAGAGAGAGAGAGAGAGAGAAAGAGCGGCGGAGAGCUUGUGCGCGUGUGCGCGCCAGUCAGGAAUUUCCUUCUCCUCCUGAGACACCUGACAAGAAUACUAAGGAGAGCGCCGGUGCCGCUAUAUACUUAGGUGCAGACAGAGAGAAAGUAACAGGCAACAUAGCUUUCUCAAACAUGGACAUUAAGGACCAAGGAGCGCAAAUGGAGCCGCUGCUUCCCACGGUACUUAACCCGAAUAUUGGGAGCAAGAGUGUGAGGAAUGAUGAGGAGGCUGUGGUUGACAGAGGCGGCACUCGUUCAAUUCUGAAGACGCAUUUUGAAAAAGAAGAACUGGAAGGGCACCGGACAUUGUAUAUUGGAGUUCAUGUGCCACUUGGUGGAAGAAAAAGCCAUAGAAGACAUAGACAUCGUGGGCAUAAACACCGGAAACGAGACAAAGAACGAGAUUCGAGUGCUGAGGAUGGAAGAGAAUCUCCAGCCUACGAUACACCCUCCCAGAGAGUGCAGUUUAUUUUGGGAACAGAAGAUGAUGAUGAAGAACAUAUCCCCCAUGACCUUUUUACUGAACUGGAUGAAAUCUGUGUUCGUGAAGGAGAAGAUGCAGAGUGGAGAGAAACUGCCAGGUGGCUUAAGUUUGAGGAGGAUGUUGAAGAUGGUGGUGAGAGAUGGAGCAAACCAUAUGUGGCUACACUGUCCCUUCACAGCUUGUUUGAACUGAGAAGUUGCAUCCUAAAUGGAACGGUACUGCUUGACAUGAGAGCAAAUUCUCUUGAAGAAAUUGCAGAUAUGAUCCUGGAUCAGCAGGAAGUUUCCGGUCAAUUGGAUGAAGAAGUACGAAGGAAAAUACGGGAGGCUCUUCUAAAACAGCAUCAUCAUCAGAACCAGAAGAAACUCAGCAACAGGAUCCCAAUUGUUCGAUCUUUCGCAGACAUUGGCAAAAAACAGUCAGAGCCUGGUUCUAUGGACAAGAAUGGUCAAAUGGCUCCCCAACAGCCAGUGCCACCCAACCCAGAAACUAAAGGGGAUGUUAGCAGAGAGAACAGCACUGUGGACUUUAGUAAGGUUGACUUACAUUUCAUGAAAAAGAUUCCACCAGGAGCAGAGGCAUCCAAUAUUUUAGUUGGAGAACUGGACUUUUUAGAUCGGCCUGUGGUUGCUUUUGUCCGCUUGUCUCCUGCUGUUCUUCUUUCAGGACUGGCUGAGGUCCCAAUACCAACAAGGUUCUUGUUCAUCCUACUUGGACCAAUGGGGAAAGGACAACAGUACCAUGAGAUUGGCAGGUCAAUUGCAACGUUGAUGACAGAUGAGGUGUUUCAUGAUGUAGCCUACAAAGCAAAAGACAGAAGUGAUCUGGUUGCAGGAAUUGAUGAGUUUCUCGAUCAAGUGAUGGUACUUCCACCCGGAGAGUGGGACCCUUCAAUCAGAAUAGAGCCACCAAAAAAUGUCCCUUCUCAGGAGAAGCGUAAGAUGCCUGGAGUGCCAAAUGGUAUGGCAGGACAUGGCGAGACAGCAGAACCUGGGGGGCAUGAAGGCCCUGAGCUGCAGCGAACAGGAAGGGUUUUUGGUGGCUUUUUCCAGGAUAUCAAAAGAAAAGCUCCACAUUAUCUAUCGGACUACACAGAUGCCAUCAGUCUGCAGUGUCUGGCGUCGUUCCUGUUUCUGUACUGUGCGUGCAUGUCACCUGUUAUCACAUUUGGCGGGCUGCUGGGAGAAGCCACUGAAGGUCGUAUAAGUGCUAUAGAGUCACUAUUUGGAGCCUCCAUGACUGGAAUUGCCUAUUCACUAUUCGCAGGACAGCCGCUCACUAUUUUAGGAAGCACAGGACCAGUGCUUGUGUUUGAAAAAAUACUGUACAAAUUCUGCAGAGAUUACGGGCUAUCUUACUUGUCCCUAAGAGCUUGCAUCGGACUCUGGACAGCGUUCCUUUGCAUCCUCCUUGUUGCCACCGAUGCCAGCUCCCUGGUGUGUUACAUCACCCGUUUCACAGAAGAAGCUUUUGCAGCUCUUAUAUGUAUUAUUUUUAUUUAUGAGGCCUUAGAAAAGUUAAUUCAUCUCGGAGAAACAUACCCAUUCAACAUGAAUAUCAAACUUGAGAAACUCACGCAGUAUUCGUGUGUAUGUGUAGAGCCCCCAAAUCCAAGCAAUAAAACCUUACAGUACUGGGACCAGCAAAACAUAUCGGUGUCUAAUGUAUCCUGGGGAUCUCUGGAUGUUCAUGAUUGCAUUGAAAACCGUGGGGAGUUUCUUGGAAGUGCCUGUGGACCACAUGGUCCUUAUGUCCCUGAUGUUCUUUUCUGGUCUAUUGUUCUUUUCUUCUCCACGGUUACCAUGUCAUCCUUCCUGAAAGACUUCAAGACUAGCCGGUAUUUCCCCACCAAGGUUCGCUCUAUCAUUAGUGACUUUGCGGUCUUCAUCACCAUACUUACCAUGGUUUUUGUGGAUUACGGCCUGGGAGUUCAGACUCCAAAGCUUCAGGUCCCCAACGAAUUUAAGCCUACAAGGGAUGACCGGGGAUGGUUAGUUAAUCCUGUUGGCCCCAAUCCAUGGUGGACUACAUUGGUAACUGUCAUUCCAGCUUUGCUGUGUACCAUCCUCAUAUUUAUGGAUCAACAGAUUACAGCUGUCAUUAUAAACAGAAAGGAGCACAAGCUAAAGAAAGGAUGUGGGUACCACCUGGAUUUGUUCAUAGUUGGAGUGAUGCUUGGUGUCUGCUCCAUUAUGGGAUUGCCCUGGUUUGUUGCUGCCACAGUUUUGUCCAUAUCUCAUGUGAACAGCUUGAAACUUGAGUCCGAAUGUUCUGCCCCAGGAGAGCAGCCCAAAUUCCUGGGAAUAAGGGAGCAAAGGUUCACAGGACUCAUGAUCUUUGUGCUGAUGGGAUCUUCUGUUUUCAUGACUUCUGUUCUUAAGUUCAUUCCCAUGCCUGUUCUGUACGGAGUGUUUCUCUACAUGGGGGCAUCAUCUCUAAAAGGCAUUCAGCUCUUUGAUCGAUUAAAACUCUUCGGAAUGCCUGCAAAGCAUCAACCAGACUUUAUCUACCUGCGGCAUGUUCCUUUAAGGAAAGUCCAUUUGUUUACUGUCAUCCAGUUGUCCUGUCUGAUUCUCCUUUGGGUAAUAAAGACGUCAAGAGCAGCAAUUGUCUUUCCAAUGAUGGUUUUGGCCUUAGUGUUUAUUCGAAAACUGAUGGAUUUCAUUUUUACAAAGAGGGAACUAAGCUGGCUGGAUGACUUAAUGCCAGAGAGUAAGAAGAAGAAACUGGAAGAUGCUCAGAAGGAGGAGGAGCAAAGUAUGCUGGCGAUGGAAGAAGAAGGAAUUGUGCAUUUACCUUUGGAAGGAUCCUUCAAGGAUGAUCCUUCCACUGUGAACAUUUCUGAUGAAAUGGCCAAAACCUCUGUCUGGAAGACACUUGCAAUGAAUACAGACAACCCUAAGAACAAAGAUGUGCCAUCUAAAAGCAUUUACACUGGAAGAGACAGAGGAACGAUGAAGAACACUGAUGAAGAGAUGGGCGUGGACAGGGAGACGUGUCUGUGAUCUAAGCCUCUGUAGCGUUGAUGUCCACUCGCACAACCCACCCAAAAACACACAAACACACAUACACACCCAUGAGGUAAAACAAAUGUGCCACCGUGACAUGACGGGUGGGGACAUCCGACCAGCCGUGUGAGUUUUGUUGUGUCCUUUUGUAUGUAUAUUGUGUAAAGCUGUUUAUUCGAAUAUGAUUCCUGGACUACUACUUCUUUAGAGUACAAGCAGUGAGUGCUAAAACAAUUGUUCAGUUCUUGUGUGUGUAAAAUGUAAAAUGAUACCAGCAACUGAAGGGGCACAGCU